AUGGAUGUAAAGACUGCAUAUCUGAAUGCAGACAUUGAUUGUGAAAUUUAUUUAACUCGGCCAGAAGGCUUUAAUAAAAAUGAUCCUUGUGUUUACACUAAAUGUGAAAAUAAUGCGAGAGUAAUAAUUAUCAUUUGGGUUGAUGACAUAUUGAUUGCUACUAAUUGUAAGAAAGUCCUAGAUGGUGUGAAAAUUCCUUUAUGUAAUAGAUCUAAGAUGAAAUACUUGGGAAAAUUAAAUUGGUUUUUGGAUUUUAGUCUAGCAAAAUAUGUCCUGAGAUAUUUAAAGGGUACUUUGCAUUAUGAUUUAAAAUUUUCUAAGUUUGAUGAUGAAUUAAAAGUGAGUGGUUUUUGUGAUUCUGACUGGGGUUCUGCAAGUGAUAGAAGAAGUAUCACAGGUUACUGUUUUAAGUUAUAUUCUAAAGGUUCUCUUAUUUCAUGGAAAUCUAAGAAACAAAGAAUUGUAGCACUGUCAUCUUGUGAAGCAGAGGUUACUAUUGUUGCAGAAAAGAGAUAA